GUGCUUCUCUCUGGCUUGAUUGGAGUGGUGUCCUGGAAGAGGCCGCUGUCCCUGGUGAUCACCUUCUUCAUGCUGCUGUCCGCCGUGUGCGUCAUGCUCAACCUGGCUGGAUCCAUCCUAUCCUGUCAAAACGCCCAGCUGGUCAACUCUCUGGAGGCCUGUCAGCUGAUCAAGUUUGACAGUGACGGAGUGUGUGAGUGUUGCGAGCUGCAGCACCAGAGCUCCGGCUGCAACAACCUGGGCGAGACGCUGAAGCUCAACCCCCUGAGGGACUGCAACACCAUCCGCUUGCGUCUCAAGGAGCUGCUCUUCAGCGUGUGUGCCCUGAACGUCAUCUCCACCAUCGUCUGUGCCCUGGCCACCGCCAUGUGCUGCAUGCAGAUGGUGUCUGCUGACGUCCUGCACAUGUUCAUGCCACGCCGGUCACGUUCCAUGAAUGCGGACUGCAUGACCCCCCACGGCACCAUCCUGCACCAGACCCUGGACUUCGAUGAGUUCAUCCCUCCAAUUCCCCCACCCCCCUACUACCCUCCAGAGUAUACCUGCACCCCGGUGAUGGAGCCCCAGAGGGGACUUCAUCUGGACUUUCCCCACUCUCCGUUCAGCGCCAUCUACGGCAUGCCCAUCAACAGCCCUGGGACACUGUACCCCUCGGAGCUGCCUCCCCCCUACGAGGCCGUGGUGGGCCAGACGCCAGCCAGUCAGGUCACCACCAGUAUGGAGCAGCAGGCCACCGAGUCCAGCCUUUGUGAGAGAAACACUACAGCUGGCUUCAGCACACAGGCCUCGGUGGACAGCGCCUCUCUGAUGGUGUCAGAGUUAGCCGAGCUGCCGGACCACAGCUGCUCCUCCGAAGACCUUUGUUCCCUGGAGGUGCAGGGAUCCCUGCGCUCCCCCUCGGACCUCUCUCCCUGUGGCGCACCCAACGCCGGUCCGAUGGAAGGCAGCGUCACCAGCCUAGAGAACAGUGUACCCAGCUCGUUGAAGCACCAGCCCCACAGUGAGGUCCACACCCAGGAGUGCUCGCCCGACUGCUCAUUGGACAACAUCAGCACACUGGGGUGGGAGGAGCCAGCCAGGGCCACGCCUAUGCAUUCCAGAGAGAAAGCCAAUAGGAUGCUAGCCCGUCCACCUCCUCUUCGUCCUCCUCCUGCCUCCUCCUCUGCUUCCACAGUCCAGUCAAGUGCAGCCCCAGCCUCUGUCCCGCCUGCCUACCCCUCUCCCUCCCCACCACCCCGACAGCGUGGACACAGGCUGUGCUUCAGCGUGUGGUCCCCCUCAUCCUCUUCCUCAUUCUCCUCAGCAUCACAACCCCCCUCGGGUCCCACGACCAGCUGCUUCUCACCCCCCGAGAAAACCCGUUCUGCACGGUCCGCCAGGAGGUAUCAGCUGGCCCGAAUUGUGCGUUCCACCAGUGACCCCAUAUCCUGUUCGUCCGUCUCUAGAACAAACAGCUGUGCAUCCUCUGUGGCUCCACCUGCUGGACAGUUCGCACAGACCCCACCUGAGCCAGAUGCACUCUCUAAACACGACCCUGUGCUGGAGACCAGUAGGAGACCAGAGAAACCAAUCAGCCUUGCUAGCGGGACAAGGAAAGACGACGGCAAGGAGGUCCGACUCAAGCCCCGGCUUCGCCACGCCACGUCCGGCGAGCGGCCGCACUCCUUAGCCGACCUCAAGGCCUACAAGGACACAAAAAUACUGGUGGCCAAGUUUCUGGAGCACUCCAGCUGCAGUCUGCCCCCGGAGGUGCAGCAGGUGGUCAACAGCAUCAAGUUCGUCAUCAAGUCUGACGAGAGACACAUGGAAGAGGCCAUAUUCAGUGCCAACGUCAUCGAUCAGAUGAUGACACAAUCCCAGCAUCAUGGGAGAAGCGACCCCUGGAAGCAUGCCCAUGAGGACCUGCAUCUACAGAGCUGCGGCGCGCUGAGUUCCUCCGCUGUUUCCCUGCGCUCUUCCCGUGCCCCCCCCACUGCUGGGGCUGCAGGGACCCCCCCAUCUGACCAUCCCCACAGCCCUGUCAGCGUGUGCCGAGAGACCAUCCUCUGACCACCCCCGAGCAGCCGGAAGACAUGCCUCUAAUGACCCCUGGCUGCAUGCUGUAGGUGAGGCCAGGAGCAAACCAGCCACCUCUGGCAAUGGAGCCCAGCACAGGGCAAAUGCUGCCUCCUUGUGGCUGCCAGAGGUACUCCCUCAGUGACCUUCCCCAUGUUCCUAUUAUGUAAAUUAACUGUUGAUCAAUGUGAAUAACCAACAAAGCCAAGUGAGCAAGAACACUGCUUUUAAAAACAACAAUAAAAAAAAUUAAACGCAA